CUGCAGUCGCUUUAGUCAAUCAUGCUGAUGCUGGAGGAAAUGGCCUUGAACGACUCAAUGGCGUUGUUGUUGAGUUGCUCGACGAAGACGAAAACGUUAUAGCCGAAGACUCUCACAAGCCGCGACUCAUGGGAGACGAAAUGGGUGAUGUAUACGUUAUGAAGUUUGAUAAUGAACCAGCCAUUGCUCAUAAGGUUCGAGUGAGGAUAUCACAUGCCGCGGGCAGCUGCGAGGCACUCAAGCUUGCUGAAGUCGCAGUGAUGGGAGAAUGCUUGGACGACGGUGAACACUGCAAGACAUGGCAGAACUGCAAGCAUCAGAACAUCGCUCGCUGCAUGCCCGCUACGCAGAGCUCAACAUUUGAAGGAGGCAUUGCAGCUCGGGCUGUGGAUGGACACACCUCGCUGGAACACACAAAACGUGAGGAACAGCCAUGGUGGAGUGUGGACCUUCUCGGGUCUCACCCUGUCACUGAGGUAGUCAUCCACAAUCGCGAAGAUUGCUGCUUUGAACGUCUGAACGAAAUUGAAGUAUCGCUGUUGGAUGAUGCCGGCAACACAGUGUCUACCAUAAAACACGACCCUGCGACUGAGGGUGUGAUCGAGGGAGCUUGGACUGCAGUCUUUGCCGAAAACGGAACAGUCACGGCUUCCAAAGUACGCGUCACUGCCAACCAUCCAGGCAGUGGCGAGCCCUUGAAUCUUGCAGAAGUUCAGGUGAUGAGCCCUUGCACAGAUUCCAGUUGCCUCACCUGGGCAGAUUGUGACAAUGGCAACAUUGCGCAGUGCAAGCCCGCAGAACAGAGUUCCACUUUGGAAUCAGAUGUGGCGGCCAAUGCUGUCAAUGGACAUGAAUCAUUGGCUCACACCGACUGCGAGAAUAAUCCGUGGUGGCAGGUUGAUUUACUAGGCCCGCGACCUGUUCAAGGAGUUGUGAUUCACAACCGCGAAGACUGUUGUUGGGAACGCUUGAACGGGGUACUUGUGGAGCUCAUGGAUGACAAUAAUUCCACUAUUGGCUCCAUAAAGCACGACCCCGCCACGAUGGGAGAGAUCAAGACAAUGUGGGUCGCAACGUUCAACAAUGUCACGGCGACCAAAGUGCGGCUGUCUGUCGAGCACGAAGCUGGAUCUUGUGGUUUCCUUAAUCUUGCAGAAGUGGAAGUUCGCAGCAAAUGUAUCGAGGGAGAUGCCUGCCUCACUGGAUUUGGAUGCGACCAUGGUAACGUUGCCAAGUGCAAGCCUGCAAGGCAGAGUUCGACUUUGCCUGCUAUGGACGGAAUGACUCUCUAUCAGGGUGUCGCUGGAGAUGCGGUCGAUGGAACAGAGUCGCUGGCCCACACUGACUGCGAGCAAAAGCCGUGGUGGGAAGUUGAUCUCAUUUACCGACGAAUAGUGUCUGAAGUCGUCAUUCACAAUCGAGAAGACUGUUGUUUCGACAGGCUCAACGGCGUCAUCGUAGAUCUCUUGGAUAAGGAGCAUAAUGUGAUUGCCCGAGUGAAACACGACCCUGCCAAAGAUGGAGAGAUUAGAACGAUGUGGCUGGCUCAUUUCCCACCCUUGUCAGUGGCUUGGUUCGUCCGGGUCAUGACGGAACACCCCGCUGGUACCUGCGGCUUCCUCAACUUGGCCGAAGUGGAAGUCAUCAGCACGUGCGAAGAAGGCGAUGCGUGCAUGGACCCAGCAAUCGAAUGUAUUCAAGGCAAUGUUGCUCAAUGCAAACCAGCUCGACAAAUCUCCACCGUUGAGGGUGCCGUGGCAAGAUACGCAGUGGACGGCGAGCAGAGGCAUUCUCGCACGGACUGCGAAGAGCGACCAUGGUGGGAGGUGGACCUUCAAGGCGAGUAUCAUGUCAGCGAAGUGGUGGUCUUUAGCCGUCAAGACUGCUGCUUUGAAGAGCUGAACAAUGUUAUUGUGGAGCUGGUAAACUCGACUGGUGACACUGUCAGCAUGGUGCAGCAUGAUCCCAUCACCGACGGUGCUAUCAAUGCCAGUUGGACAGCAAAGUUUGACGGCUUUGGUGACGUGGCCAACAAGGUGCGGGUAUCCCUUCUCGAAGAUGUGGGCGAAUGCAGUUUCCUGAACCUUGCUGACGUUCAGGUAAUGAGUACCUGUCUAAACACUGAUGCGUGCUACUACGGAUACACUUGUGGAGACGGCAAUGUCGCUCAAUGCAAGUCUGCAUCACAAAGCUCUACCCGAGAAGGAAUGGUUGCGACCAAGGCAUUGGAUGGCGAAGAAUCCCUUUCGAUGACCGAUUGCGAAGUUACUCCGUGGUGGACAGUGGAUCUCGAGAGUGACUAUCCAGUCAAGGAAGUUGCUGUCUACAACCGACGAGAUUGUUGCUUUGGUCAGCUCAACGGUACUCUGAUAGAACUGUUGGACUCGAGCGGUGGCGUGGUGGCGACUGCUCAACAUGAUCCAGAAACCAUGGGUGAGAUUCGAGAUGUUUGGUUGGCGCAUUUUGAUCCUGUUAAUAGUGCUCCCGCACGGUCGGUACGAGUCUCCGUCCGGCACGAAGGAGGCCAAUGCGGCUAUCUGGAGCUGGCGGAAGUGCAGGUCUUGAGCGCUUGCCUUGAGACUGACGCUUGCAAUACAGGUUAUAGUUGCGAGCAAUCUUGGAUCGACGCCGAAUAAAAGAGAAAGACAUUAAUACAGAGGCUUGCUCCUCGCUCUGAGAAAGAGCGAGUUGAAAACUGUAGUUUGGCUUGACCGACAGAGAGCAGCUGAUAUCGCUUCGAUUCUGUUUCCCAUGGACUAAUAAUACAAUGCAGUGCACACUGUACAGGAUAAAAGUUUAUAUACAUAUUCAAAGAGACAUUUCAUUUC